AUAUUAUUAAUAUUAUGGUAUUAAUCAUUUUUGCGGGAAAACGUUGAAUUAGGUGUUUAAUGUAUAUUUUACAAAAAUUUUUUAAAGAUAUUUUCACGAAAUCAUAUAGCGUUUAUUUUAAUUUUUAAAUUGUUUGUUUCUUAAAGUGUAAGUACUAAUAUCUUUCAUCGUAUAAGAUCAUGGCUGUUCAACCAAAUCAACAAUUUAGUAUGGAAACUUAGUACCACCAUACGUUUUUUCAACAGAUUAGAUUAUUAUACAUUACAUGGUAGUGAUGCUUUAUUUGCUGCACAAGAAGUUUUUAAAACUACAUCAGUUUGUAAGAUGAUAGGAGCUGAUCCAUAUAAAACUGAAGGUGUUAUUCUUAAUAAAAAUCAUUUUGAGUCUUUUAUACGAGAUUUAUUGUUGGUAAAGCAAUACAGAAUAGAAGUAUAUAUUAAUCAAGGCUCAGCAAAACACCAAAAUUGGGUGUUAGAAUAUAAAGGUUCUCCUGGUAAUUUAACACAAUUUGAAGAUGUAUUGUUUGGUAAUAAUGAUGUUGCUGUUAGUGUACGCGUCAUAGCUGUAAAAUUAGGCAUGGAGGGGAAAUCUAGAAUUGUUGGUUUAAGCUGUGUAGAUACUACAGCAACUUCAUUUUCUAUUUGCGAAUUUCAAGAUAAUGAAUCAUUUUCCAAUUUGGAAUCAUUGGUUGUUACUCUUGCUCCUAAAGAAUGUUUAUUAAUUCAAGGCGAAGGCAGUUAUGAAUUUCAAACUCUUAAACAAAUCAUGGAACGAAAUAAUGUAAUGGUUACUGCAAGAAAAAAAAGUGUAUUCUCUAGUGAAUCAGUUAUACAGGAUUUAAACACUUUAAUAAAAUUCAAGAAAGGUCAACAGCAAAAUGUACAGUCUUUACCUGAAGCCAAUUUAAAUUUUGCUAUGUCAGCUAUUUCUGCACUUAUUAAAUAUUUAGAUUUAACAUCAGAUGAAGGAAACUUAAAUGAAUUUACUAUAGAUCAAAUAAAGGAGUCACGUUACUUAAAGCUAGAUUCAGCUGCUAUAAAAGCACUCAAUAUCGAACCGCAUGUCGAUACUUUUUCUGCUUUAAAUAGAAAUGCACCUACAAAUAUUUUAGGUCUUUUGGAUAAAUGCAGGACUCCACAAGGUCAUAGACUUCUAGCACAAUGGGUUAGACAACCUUUGAAAGAUUUAUCUCUUAUAAAAGAAAGACAUGAUAUUGUUGAAGCAUUGGUAAAUGACAAUGAAUUACGAUCUAAUCUUAGCGAAGAUCAUUUACGACGUAUACCAGAUUUACAAGUGCUUGCAAAAAAGUUUGCCAGAAAAAAAGCAACUUUGCAAGACCUCUAUAAGAUUUACAUGUGUGUAUCACAUUUGCCUAGACUUUUAGAACAGUUUUCUAAUAUUAAUGUAGUAGCUUUAAAAACGAUGUUCAUUGAUCCUUUGAGCGAACUUAUUAAAGACAUGGACAAAUUUCAACAAAUGAUUGAACAAACAAUUGAUUUAGAUUCCGCCGAAAAAGGAGAUUUUUUAGUACGAGCCGAAUUUGACGAUGAAUUGAAAGAAUUAAAAAAUACUAUGAAUGAAAUGGAGACAAAAUUACAAUCCCAGUUGAGUAAAGUUGCCGAUGAUCUUUCACUUGAGGCUGGAAAAUCAUUAAAACUAGAAUCGAAUCCACAGUUUGGAUAUUAUUUCCGUAUAACAUUGAAGGAAGAAAAAGUGCUAAGAAAUAAAAAAAAAUAUAUUAUGUUGGAUUCCAAUAAAAGUGGUGUACGUUUCCGAAGCAAUAAAUUAAAUAAUUUAAAUCAUAAUUAUCUUAAUGCCAGAGAUAAGUAUACAAUAGAACAAAAGAAAGUUGUUGCUGAGAUAAUUGAAAUUGCAGCUGGUUACAGUGGUACAAUAAGAACUACUGGCAAUGUAUUAGCAUCUCUUGAUGUCCUAACUGCCUUUGCUUCUGCUGCUGUAAGUGCUAAUAAACCGUAUGUUCGCCCUGAAAUGCUGCCUAGCGAAAUGGGUGAAUUUAAUCUUACUCAAGUUCGACAUCCAUGUUUGGAAAUUCAAGAAGGAGUGGAUUAUAUAGCUAAUGAUAUCAGUUUUAAAAGAGGUGACUGUCAUUUUUGCAUUAUAACUGGUCCAAACAUGGGAGGUAAAAGCACUUAUAUAAGGUCUGCCGGUGUCAGUGCCUUAAUGGCACAUAUUGGAAGCUUUGUUCCUUGCGAUAAAGCAAAAAUAUCACUAUUGGAUUGUAUAUUAGCCCGUGUAGGAGCUGAUGAUUCUCAAUUGAAAGGUCUUUCUACAUUUAUGAUGGAAAUGAUAGAAACUGCUGCUAUAUUAAAGAUACUUAGCAAAAGAAAUUAAAUGUUAUUGCCUUUUUGCGACACAUUUUCACGAAAUAACUAAAUUAGAAGAAGAAAUACCUGCUGUUAAAAAUCAACAUGUUACAGCUCUUGUAGACGAUGAUAAAUUAACUUUGUUAUACAAAGUGAAGCCAGGUAUAUGUGAUCAAAGUUUUGGCAUACAUGUUGCUAAAAUGGCUAAUUUCCCACAAGAUGUUAUAGAGGAAGCUGAAAUUCUUGUUGCAGAAUUUAUUAACAAAUGCAAGAAUUUAGAUAAAUCAUUAUCUGAUGUGGAAUUAGAAGAUAAAAUUUCAACAUUUAAAACUGAAGUUCUAUCUCAUAAAAAUCCCUACAUCAAAACAUUUUUAGCAGCUUCUUAACUUAAAAUAGAAAGAAAAUAUUUAACAAAACUACCAGCUAGUAUUGACUACACAAGUAUAAUUUAUUUAAGUAAAAAAUAUUAUGCCAUAAAAAUUUUGUUUUGAGUCAUUAUUAUUAUUUAUACAAUUAUAUAAUAGGUUUUUUUAUGAUUAAAAUAUUUUUCGAAUAUAUAUAUUGAUUAAUUCAUAUCCAUGUAUGAGAUUUGUG